UUUGAAGGAAACCUUGAGGGAUCCAUUUUGCGUUGCAGAUUAGAGACGCAGUGACAUCAUCAGGUACCAUCCAGUGAGUGGCAGAAAAUAACCACUCCACCAUGGUGAAACACGGCGGUGGCAGCUUCAUGCUGCGGUGAACCCAUGAUAGAAAGAUGGGGCUGAUGAUUGGAAGGUUUGUUUCCAUCACAGGUGCUCAGAAAGCAGAUGUUCCAGAUGUUCCUUCAGUCAGGCUCUGAGUCGGAGCAACAGCGGCUCGCCUAUGAUGAUGAUGAUGAUGAUGAUGAUGAUGAUGACGCUGCUGAGACGCCUUGUUUUCUAUUUCCUGUCCACAGCUGAUCAGUUUCCUGUUUUCUUUGACCAUCUCUCCAGCAGCUGAUAAAACAGGAAGUUCCUCUUAUCUCUGUUGUGUAAUAUGAGAAGAGGAAAUGUGCCGUAUCUGUUCCUUUACCGACCCGUCUCCCUCCCCCCCGCAGGCCGGGUGGGAACUCCUCACUUCAUGGCUCCUGAGGUGGUGAAGAGGGAGCCGUACGGUAAACCGGUGGACGUGUGGGGCUGCGGAGUCGUCCUCUUCAUCCUGCUGUCCGGCUGCCUGCCGUUCCACGGCAUCAAGGAGCGACUGUUUGAAGCCGUCUGCAAAAGCAAAUCCAAGAUGAAUCCCCGCCAGUGGAGCCACAUCUCAGAGAGCGCCAAGGACCUGGUGAGGCGCAUGCUGAUGCUGGACCCUGCAGAGAGGAUCACCGUCUACGAGGCGCUGAACCACCCCUGGCUGAAGGAAAGGGACCGCUACGCUUACAAGAUCCACCUGCCAGAGACCGUGGAGCAGCUGAGGAAGUUCAACGCCAGACGGAAGCUGAAGGGAGCGGUGCUGGCUGCUGUGUCCAGUCACAAGUUCAACUCCUUCUACGGAGACCCACCAGAGGAGCUCCAGGACUUCUCUGAAGACCCCACCUCCUCAGGUGCUGUUUCUCAGGUGUUGGACAGUCUAGAGGAGAUCCAUGCUCUGACAGACUGCAGUGAGAAAGAUCUAGACUUCCUCCACAGUGUUUUCCAGGACCAGCAUCUCCACACGCUCCUAGAU